UGAAUGGCGGCGAAAUUUUAAUUCACAAUCUUUAAAUUCUAGUUUCAUUUUGGAAUUUGAAGAAAAUAAUUGUUUGAAAUAUUGUGAACAUUUCUUAGUUAGCAAAAGAGUCCAACAAAAUGGAUGAUCGUACAAUUGAUUCGAUUUUUGCGGGCUCACUCGAGUCUUUGCCGCCAGUUAGUUCGAAAAUUGUGCGUAUUUUUACUAGUUCGACUUUCACAGAUACCACAAUGGAGCGCAACACGCUGAUGGCCAAGUGUUAUCCUCGCAUUAAGGACUAUUGUCGAGAGAAGCAUGGGCUUGAAUUUCAGGUUGUCGACAUGCGUUGGGGUGUCCGUGAUGAAGCCACCGAUGAUCACAUGACCACAGAAUUGUGUAUGCGUGAGAUUCAAAAUUGUCAGCGCCUUUCGAUGGGUCCAAAUUUCAUUGUGUUUUUGGGUCAAAAAUAUGGUUACCGACCGAUACCAACAUACAUUGUGUCCUCGGAAUUGCAAUUGAUUUGUGAAGAACUCACCUCGAUGGGUGUCGAUCGUGCGCUCCUUGAUUUGUGGUACAAAAAAGAUAGUAACGCUGUACCGCCAAUGUCGGUGUUGCAGCCUAUCUCAUCGAUUCUAAUCAAUUUUAAUAACAAGCGUGUACCUAAAUUACAAGCAGAAGAUCAAGCGGUCUGGUGGGAUACACUCAAUAAAAUGCAGAAACUGUUAAGAAAAGCUGCAGCUUCUUUGGGUGCUAGUGCAAAACUGGACAAGGAAUGUGUGCACAACUAUUUCAUGUCAGUGACUGAACGCGAGGUCAUCAACGGCAUAUUGAAUGUGAGGAACACCAAAAACCAUUGUCUAGCCUAUGUGCGCUACAUCAACAACAUAAAUUUGCAAAAUCUCAAGAAAGCUUCACUCUUUGUGGAUAUCAUAAAUCGUAGUUUGGAUACAGAAUCGGCAAAAUUGCUGGGUGAUUUGCGUGAUGUGCGUUUGCCAAACAAGAUUGAAACGAGUAAUAUGCAGAAGUACACAGUCGAAUGGAUUGGACGCGAGGGUCUGGAUAUUGAAACACACGAGGAGUAUCUGAAUCAUUUCAUAUCGCAUUUCUACAAGAACAUCGUCAAACUGGUGGAUCGCGCGAUGCGCAAAGAAGACUCCAGUGCACAGGGACAGAUAGUGACUGAAAUCCUACAGCAUUUGCACGCUUGCAAUAAUUCGGUAAAAGUAUUUUAUGGACGUGAAGAUAAUUUAGAACAUAUCAAGCGCUAUAUGCUGGGGGAUUCAGAUAAACCACUUGUCCUUUAUGGCGAAGGAGGUUGUGGCAAGACAUCGAUGCUGGCGAAAAGUGCCUCACUAGUGGCGAGCGAAUGGUUUGCCAGCAAACGGCCAAUCAAUGUGAUACGCUUCCUGGGCACAACACCUGAUUCGAGUGCGCUAACGCCGACGCUAAUUUCGAUUUGUCAACAGAUCUCCUACAACUAUAUGCUACCAUUCGAGAAUAUACCCGACGAUCUUGUACCUUUAACAGCACACUUUAAGCAAUUACUAACUUAUGCAAGCGCGAACCAACCGCUAACUUUGUAUCUUGACUCGGUCGAUCAGCUGACAGGCACACAAGACUCAAACAAAGUGUCCUGGAUACCCACGCGUUUGCCACCACACUGUAAGAUCAUCAUCUCAUGCGCCAACGAGGAAUCCAAUCCGACCGUUUCGCAAGAGUAUUAUGUGCUCCGAAAAAUGAUCGAUAUUGAGGAAAAUUUUAUCGAGGUUACUGCGCUAGGCGAAGAUCUGGCAAUGAAUGUAAUAAAAAUGUGGAUGAAGACGGCAUGUCGUGAUUUGAAUAAUUAUCAGUGGCGUUUGGUUGCAAAUGCCAUCAGUAAAUGUUCCUUGCCUAUUUUCGUCAAGCUAGUCUUUGCCGAGAUCUGUCGUUGGCGUAGCUAUACGAAACCGCAAGAGACACAUCUUGCCAACACCGUUAUGGAUUCGAUUAUGAUGCUCUUCGAACGUAUCGAAAAACAGCAUGGUCGUAUUUUGGUCUUUCAUGCGUUGGCCUAUAUCACCGCCGCCAAGUCGGGUUUGUCUGAGAGCGAACUGGAGGAUCUCAUUUCGUUGGAUGACAAAGUGUUGGACGAUGUUUAUCAGUACCAUAUGCCGCCAGUGCGUCGCAUACCGCCGCUUUUGUGGACUCGUAUACGCAAUGAUUUGCCGAAUUAUCUGAGCGAACGUGAGGCGGAUGGUGUGAAUGUGAUGAAUUGGUAUCAUAGACAAUUUAGAGAUACCGCUAAGGAGCGCUACUUCAAGAACAUGAACAUGGCUAUAUAUUUCCAUUCGAUGAUUGCUGAUUAUUAUUUGGGUAUAUGGGGUGGUGGUGUGCCGAAACCAUUUAGGUAUACGGAAAUACAACGGCAUCGUUUCGGACUAACGGAGAAGGAGGGUUCUGCGGACAGAAAGGUACCAAUCCAACCAUUGGUUUUCACAAGCAAAGAUGGCAGCUCAAAGCGGUAUAAUUUGAGAAAGUUUGGUGAGCUGCCCUUCCAUUUUGUACGUUCUCGUCGCUUUAAGGAUCUCUUCGAGCAUGUACUCUUCAAUUAUGAUUGGCUACAUGCCAAACUUUCAAGUUGUCCACUACAAGCUGUGCUGGCCGAUUUCGAAGAUGCUUCCGCUAAUACGGACAAUAAAGAAUCCAAACGUGAGUUGAUGUUAGUCGCAGACGCUUUGCGUCUUGGUGGCGCUAUUCUUGCCGUAUAUCCGAAUAUGUUGGCACCGCAGCUAAUUGGGCGUUUGCUACCCGAAAUCGGUGGGAAUAGUAAUAUAAAAAUGCUGUUACGCGCGUGUGAUCACUCGGGUCCAAAAGAUUGUUCGCUAAUACCAGUAAAUCAUUGUCUGCACACACCGGGUGGUCCAUUAAAAUACUCGCUGGAGGGUCAUCAGUUUGCCGUCUUCGCUUUUUGUCUGACGAGUGAUCUCCGCUACAUGGUCUCUAUUUCCACUCACUUUAUAACUUUUGAUCUCUCUACGUCGGAUCUCACGCGUGAUGUUAAUCCCGGCAUUGAAGGUAUUAUGCAGCAACUUGUCUUAAGUCCGGAUAAUAAAUGGGCUGCGGCGUAUUCCAACAACAAUCAGACAGUACUGCUCAAUAUGUUGUCCAGUGAGUUUGUUGUGAUCGACAGUCCGUUUGAGGAGUGCGAUGGGCCAGUAAGUGGUCUGUAUUUGCUAAAUCAAAGUCUCUUCUUGACUUGCAAGCUGCGCUGGGCUCAAUUCGAUAUGCGUGGCAAUUUGAUGGGUGUGCACGAUAUCUAUGGCGACAUUACUGACUGGGAAAUAUUGAAUAUAGAGUUUCUGCGACCAAAUGACUAUAAUGUCAUUUUCUGGUCCGGUUCCAUUAACGAGACUCGUAUACGCUUGGAUUCCUGUCGCAAUGAGCUGCACUCUGAACCUUUGUUGCUUUAUAGCGCGCUAGCCAUUAAUAAGCCACGCACAAAGAUUUAUGGUUGCGCAAGUGAGGAGAAUUAUGAGGUCAGCGUGUUCCGUUUCGAAGAAAACUCUAGCGCAGACUCCAUCGGUUGGAUACUCGAGGAACAGUUGCCACGUUUUGAGAAUGACGAAAAGGAAAUGUUACUGCAACUGCGUUUAGACCAAGACGAUCGUAUGCUACUCGGCACCGCUGGCAAAGGGUUCGUUAUUUGGGAUUUCGGCAAGGAUGAUGAACGAUUGAGCGAGGAUGCUAUGUACUUUGCGUUGCCACAUGGAGUACGCAACAUUACGACUCGCAUCAUGCAAUCCAAUUCGAUAAUGGUCAGCUCUAAAAUGGAUUACGCUGUGGCGGGGGUGCGUAAGAACCUCUACGUUUGGUGCCUGCAUACGCGUCAACUGGCGAAGGUACUCGACGCACAUUUCGGUCGUAUCAUCCAGCUGGAAGCGCUUACUAUAGGUAAUUGGAAUAAUGUUGUGACAUCGUCCAUUGACCGGUCGGUAAAAGUGUGGAAUAUUAAUAACAUUUUCGAGAAGGUACAUGUGAUUGAUCGGCAUGAACUGCAAAUCGAUAAUAUCAGUCUAUCCGAGGUGGAUUUGGGCGUCACGGUUACUCGCAGCUGCGUUGGUGUUUGGGACACGCGCUCUGGUCGUUUGCUUGCCAAGUUAGCCGAUAGUCCACUGGGCGCAAUUGUUACUCAUGCCGAAAUAACACCCGAUGGCCGUUAUAUUAUCUCCUCGGAGACUGGCAAAUUUUUAAUUUGGAAUCGCAUCUCAGAGCAAGUGAUCUAUCGUGACGAUCAACCGGGCAUUCAACAAUUAACGUUUAUGGAUUAUGGCUACAAAGUUUUAACGGUGUCAUGUCCGAAUAUUAAUAAUAAAGCUGCAGCUGCGGCAGCAGAAGCGGCUGCUGCGACAGGAGAGGAAACAAAUCGGCUGACGGCUAUAACUGCAGUGCGUUUGGUGCCGGAGGGCACUAUACUCUUUCGCUUUGAGUAUCCCGUACGCAUGGUACCCGGUCUACCCUUUAGACAGUCCGUCAUUUCUGCUGACUCUGCUUAUGUGAUUGUUUGUACGGUGGACAAAGCAAACAAGGAUUGCCUAGCCAUUUACAGUGCUACCAAUGGAGCGUUUGUUUCGAAAAUCCUGCUCAAGGGCUGUGCUAUUAAGGAGGUAAUUUCUUUGGUGCCAAUGCCGCACAAGGCCAAUCAAGUGGCUGUGAUCAGCAGUGAGAAGGGCAGUGUGAUGGAUAUCAAAAGUAAGAAGCACGUCCGCUCCAUACCCAAAUGGGGCGGUUCGAUAACUAGAGAUGGCAAAUGUGGUCUAUAUGCGCCUACGAGAGGUGGCCUGGAGAUGUUGGAACUACGCAAAGGCACCACAGUCAAGACAUUUAUCCCUAAAGUGGCCGAGGGUGUAUUCUCUGUGAUCUGUCUAUUCACAGAGAACGAUGAAUACGUUUGCUACUAUCACAGUGGCCGCAAGACCAUACGUGUCUUCCGCACUUCCGAUACAGAAAUGAUUGCAAACUAUCGCCUGCAGGCCGAAUUGACAGCAAUCAAGAGCAGCAAAGAUGGACGUUGCAUUGUCUUGGGUACCGUUGAUGGCUGUAUGUCUGUACUGGCCAUUGUCGAUCCACAAAAAGAGGAAAUGUUCGAGUAUUUGAAUCAAUUACCGUCGCGCGAUGAGAAUUGGAAAGCCAAGCUGGCCAAGCAGAAGGCGCGUGUUGGCUUCAAGGCGGCCAUACGUGUGGCGACGAUUUCGUCACGUUUUGAUAGAAGUAAUAAAAAUGCGACAGAUAGCGGUGAGGCUGUUGAAGUGGAUGAGGAGGGCAAUGCAUUGGAGACUGGUGCGGGAGAGUAAUGUGCAAUUGUUGAAUUUGCAUGUGAAAAAUUUUCCAUUUUGUCGUAGUAUUAUAAAAUUAGUAUAGUUGUAGCUGCGUUAAGCGCUGCUUUAGAAGCCAUACGAAAAGAAUGUACAAAAAUUGUUUUGUUAAAGCUAAAGAUUUACUAAUAAGGUGUUGAGUAUUAUUGUGUGAUGGAAAACAUAAUCAAAUAAAAAUGCUUG